CACAUAUCAAAAACCUUAAUUACAUUUCUUUAUUUUUAAAUUGAAAUAUUUUAAACGGCACAAAUAUUAGAUAAUUAGACUAUCAUACAAUUGUCUUGCCAAGUCAAUGCCUUCAAGUCAACCUUCUUUAAAAUAUUAAAUAACCCCAUUUGCACAAUUUAUACCUACACCCACACCCUUCUUCGUCUCUUCUCUUCUCCAUCUCAAUAAUUCUUCUUCUCUUCAAAUACCCACCUAAUAUAUCUCUAUUUUCUUACCUUUCUCAUUCUUAAUUUGUAUAAUUUUCCAUAAUUUCUCCAAGUUUCCAUUUCAAAGUUUGCUGCUUUAAUGGCUGCUUCUAAAGUACCCAAGUUUGGAGCAUGGGAAGGAGGAGAAAACUACACAGUUUACUUUGACAAUGCGCGAAAGAAGAAGAACAAUGGACAGAUGAUCAACCCAAAUGACCCUGAAGAAAACCCUGAGAUGUUUUCACGGAAUGGUGAUCAACGUCAGGCUCCUAAAGCUAAUCAAAAGGGACAGAAAUCCAAAGUCCCCCAGUUUGGUGUUUGGGACGAUGCGGACAAUGCUGGCUACACCGUGUAUUUUGAAAAUGCACGAAAAACCAAGACCGGUGAAUCCAUCCCGACACACAAUGAGCCUCAGAUGAACCGAGAUAUGCAUCCUCGUAAGGAUCCCCCAGCUCAGGCCAGUCAAGCACCAGUUAAACCAGAAUCUAAACAAGAAACGCGCUCAAAAGUGCCUCAGUUUGGUGGUUGGGAAGGUGGAGACGAAAUUGGGUACACCCAAUGUUUCGACAGUGUGAGAAAAAAUAACAAGAAUGGGCGUACUGUUACACCAGAACCGUCUGAUGCACCUAAACUGAACCGUGAUGUUGAUCCACCAGCUAAAGAAGAAAGCCAUUCUAAAGUUCCUCAGUUUGGUGGUUGGAACGAAGGAGAAGAAGCUGCAUACACUGCGUAUUUUGACAAUGCUCGACAAAAUAAAAAUGCACCCGUAAUGGAGCCCCAGCUGAACCGAGAUGUUGAUGGCAGAGCUCGGCUUCCAACUGCUGGUGGAGUCAAAUUCAAGGCGGAUCAAAGAGGGAAUAGUAUAGAUGAUUAUCAGUUACGAAAUGCAAGUAAAGGAUCUAAUUUCUCUUCGGCUUCAUCUGAAACCGGUCAGAGAUAUGGAAAACAAAAUCCCGGGAGUCAUUCACCUAUCCAUCCAAAAGGAGGGAAGCUUCAGCAAAGGCCUCCUGCUGGUAGAGGAAGUCAAACUCCAGAAAGAGGGGCAGCAAUACCGGCAUGGGGGGUCUGGAACACUGAUCCACAGCAAGCCGAGGGUUUCACCGGUGCCUUUACUAGGGCUAAAGAGGAUCGGAACACACCCCUCCAUUCGAGCGCUCAACCACGCUAUAACCAACAACCUCAAUCACCAGAGCCAAAAAAAGGAUGCUGUGGUUGGUUUUGAAAUUUAAUGCCAAAGAUAGCUGUUGAUCCAAUUAUACAAUGAAAGGCAUAGCUCAUGGAUAGUUUCUGGUGACUAUGUAAUCCAAAUAGGCUCCUUUUUAUGUCACACACCAGAAGAGAAGUUUGAAGAAUUGGAACAAUUUUCUUCUUUUUUUGUCAAUUUAUGUAGAUUGUAUGUAUUUUGAUUACGGGUUUGAUUUUGAUACCAUAUUCCUAUGUUACUUGGACUCGAAAACUCAUAUCCGACACAUGUAUGUCAGACUCGGCUAAUUUACGGAAAGAUCCCAUCGUGUCCUAUCCAAAACACUUGUCUAAGUGUUGAGGAUCUGAUACGGGAAUUGAAAUAAAAUGAAGAGUCCGAGUAACAAUCAUUUUCAAAUUGUUAUGUUGAAGUGUUGGAGUUACGAAGGGCUAUGUAUGUUGUAAUUUAAUUCAAGUCUGUACUUCAGUGUUGUAACUUAUUAUUUUUAUUAUCAUUUUUAUAAAAAGAUUUUUUGAAGCUGUUGAGAAAUAAGUAA